ACCACUGUAUGGAUAACUUUAACCUAACCUUGGUAUAUUUAGGAACACUGAAAAGAUAACCAAUAAUUAAUAUUGAAUGUAUUUGAAUUUUAACGUUCCUAUUUCUCUUUAGUUUAGUUUGUUGUUAAAUUGAUUGUCAGUGGUGGGCUUGUUCGGCAGUUUAUCGUUAGUUUUAGUUUCAUAUUGUUCAUUACGUUUUUUAUGUUGGUAUAUUGUUUAUGUUUAUUUAUACUUACUAAUUCUUUUUUUAAAAAUAUCAGUCUUUCAAUACUUAAAUAAAAUGGAUGAAAACUCAUCUCAGAUUGAUGGCAGUUCUAUUAACGACCCAUUAUUAAAUAAACCUCGCCUUAGUGUUACUUCUAUUGAUAUUAUGAAACAAGAAUUAUAUGAAACACAACUACAAUUAAAAACAAAAAAUUGUAUAAUAAGUGAACUCCAAGAUGAUGUUGAGCAAUUACAUAUCGUUGAAGAUGAAAAUAUGAAAUUAAAAUUAGAAAUUACUUCAAAAGAAUCGGAUUUAAAACAAUGGACUGUAAAAUAUUCAAAUUUAGAAUUUAAGAUUAUAGAACAGCAAAAAGAAUAUGCAUUACAAAUUGAUGCAUUAAAAGAUGAACUUUCUAUUUUAAAAAUGUCUAAAACUACACCUAAAGAUGAUUUACCGGUUAAUUUAAAUGAAAGUAUUAUAAUGGACUUAAAAUCUGAAUUAGACAUUAAAAAUGAAAAAUACAAUGAGAUGCAAAAUAUAAUAAAAGAUCAAGAAAUAAUGAUUGUUGAGUUAGAAUAUUUAAAAAAUAAAACAAUUGAAGAACUAGAAGACUUUAAAGCAAAAGAUUGUAUUAAAACUGACAAAUUAAAUGAUUGGAAACAAAAAUAUGAAGCGCUGCAGGAAGAAUGUGAAAUGCUCAGACUCCAAGUUAAUAAUUUAAACAAUUUAAAUAAUCAUAAUAAAAGGGGAAAUUCAUUAUUUGCUGAAGUUGAUGAUAAAAGACAAGCAUUAACAACAGAACUUGAAAUAAAAAGAGAAAAAUAUGAAACUUUAAAAAAAUAUUUAUCAAAAGCUAAUCACGAAAAUAAUCAACUGAAGAUGGAAAUUAUGAGAUUAGAAACACAAUUAUUAGAAACUGAAAAAAAUGAUGACUUUGAAAAAUCCACUUUAAUUCAAAGUUAUAAAAAUCGAAUAAGUGAUUUAGAAACUACUAUAAGAGAGUUAGAAAAAAGACCAGAAACCCCCCAAUUAUUAAAAAUAGAUAAUUUAAGCAAUGAAGGAAUGAAUGUAGUUCUUCAAAUUGUAGCUGAUGUAAGGAAUGAAAAGAAAGCUUUAGAAGAAGAAAUGAAUAGACGAUCAGUUAGAGAUAUGGAAGCUCGACAACAAUGUUUCAAAGGGGAAUGUGAAAUUCGACAACUUAAAAAAGAAAUAAGAAGAGAUAAACUUCAAUUAAAAACAUUAGAAGAACAAAUUUCUAUGUUUAAAUCUAAAAUGUCAUUAUGUAAGGAAAAUAUGAAAGAAGAAAAUCGCAUUACAAAAGGGGUACGUUUUAAUGAAAACUGUAAAAUUGAAGAUGGAGGUACUUCAUUGAAACCAGUAAAAAUAAUUCCACAACAAGCUAUUUUAAAUACCAUUGUCUGUCCAAAAUUUGAAGAAUUAUAGUUUUACUAAGUUCUUAUAAUAUUAAACUAUAAACCUAAUUUUUUAAACUAA